UGCUACGUGAUGGCGGGAGGAGGAGGAUUGCGCUAUGCCGACGGCGUCUACAGCAGCUCGCGCCCUCAAGUGGAUCUCUCGCAAAUUCGCAGCUCUAGCAUCGCGCACUUUCUCUUCUCUUCCAAAUCCCACGGUCAGCGCCCGGCGCUCAUCGAUUCUCCUUCCGGAGCGACAAUGUCGGCCAGGGAGCUCGAGCAUCGCGCAAUAUCGGUCGCCAAGGGGCUCCGGGGAUUCGGCGUGCGCCAGGGCGAUGUCGUGAUGCUGCUCUCCCCGAAUUCUCUCGAGUAUCCAGUCGUCGUCCUGGGCGUGGCGAUCCUCGGCGCCGUGGUCACGACCGUGAAUCCGGUAAAUACUUCCCGCGAGGUCGCCAAGCAAGCGGUGGAUUCAGAUUCCAAGUUUGUCGUGACUGUUGUAGCGCUGGCGGACAAGGUGACGGGAUUGGGACUCCCCACUGUGCUCAUCGAUGGCGCCCCCGGCCUCCACAGGAGCAACAAUUCGCAAGCUUCUCUCGGGGAUUUGCUCGUGGACGAGGUGGAUGGCUUCGCGUUUCCAGAGAUUUCUCUCGGGGACCCGGCCGCGCUCUUGUAUUCGUCCGGGACCACGGGGACGAGCAAAGGGGUGGUGCUCACGCACAGGAAUCUCAUCGCUGCCGCGGUGCUCCACGCAGCGUCGGGGCCAGAUGUCGAGCCGGGCGAGGUCUAUCUCUGCGUCAUACCGAUGUUUCACGUGUUUGGGCUCGUGAUCGUCACGUGUACGCAGCUCAGCCGGGGUGUUCCCAUCGUCGUCAUGCCGUCGUUCGACUUUGAAGCCAUGCUUGGAGCGAUCCAGAGGUUUAAGAUCACCCACGUACCGCUGGUGCCUCCGAUUGUCAUCGCGCUCGGCAAGUCCCCGGCCGUGAAAGCGUUUGAUCUGUCGUCGCUGAGGGAGAUUGGAUCCGGGGCUGCUCCACUUGGGAGAGAAGUGAUCAACGCGUGCCUCGAGAGAUUUCCAGAUGUCAAAGUCCGGCAGGGGUAUGGUUUGACGGAAUCCACUGCUAUUGCUUCUGUGGCAGACCCGGAUGAUCUAGAACACUAUGGCUCCGCGGGACUUCUCUCAUCAAACACGCUCGCGAAAGUGAUUGACGUUGGAAGUGGACGUCCAUUACCUCCAAAUCAACAGGGAGAGAUUUGGAUUCAUGGUCCGACGAUCAUGGAUGAGUAUUUAAACAAUCCCAAUGCCACGGCAGAGACCGUGGAUGCCGAAGGCUGGCUGCACACUGGGGACCUGGGAUACUUUGAUGACAGUGGAAAUCUCUACGUUGUGGAUCGCAUCAAAGAACUUAUCAAGUACAAAGGCUUCCAGGUUGCGCCAGCAGAAUUGGAAGCUUUGCUGUUGUCACACUCACAAGUUGUAGACGCCGCUGUUAUACCGUUUCCUGAUGAAGAGGCGGGUCAAGUACCACUGGCUGUUAUUGUUCGUAAGCAAGGAUGCAGCCUGGACGGGCAGGGUGUCAUGAAGUUUGUCUCCGACCAAGUGGCUCCCUACAAAAAAGUUCGCAAAGUGAUGUUUAUUGAUGCGAUUCCAAAGUCUGCAUCCGGGAAAAUCUUGAGGAGAGAGCUCGUCCAAAUGACAAUGCCCGUCUCAAAGCUGUGACUGCAUUUUCUCUUCUGAACAAAAACGGGCUUCCAAGCUCUACAAGCUUCUUCCAGCCCAGCGGCAUCCUAAAAUUCUGGCUGUCUUUGUUUUUAAGUUGCUAGCAACGCGUCGAGCUUGCUGGAGAGAACUAAUGUGGCGUUGCUUUCACUUGUUUUUGUCAGGCCCUCGUGACUUUUGGUGUUCUCCAUGGCACAAACCAGCUUUCGUAUGGAAUGGCUGCCCUGAGCGAGGAGGAGAAUUCGCGCUGCUAUCAACUGGUUAAGGGGAUACCCAGUUUACUAGCUAGAUUUCGGGCUUGGAAACGGUGGCAUCCAUGAGCAUGCUCGCCGUCAAGCAGUCCCGGGGCUUGCAGCGAAAUCCCUCAGCAAAUGUGCUUGCAAGCUCCUGCAUGCUAGCGUUUUAUUUAUUUAUUUAUUUUUUUGA